AUGGCUGGCAGAGUUUCAGAUCGUAUCUUUGACCUUAUUGACACGGGCAAGUUAGGACAGGCGGAGGGCUUGCUGGAGGAUGCACUUUCAAAGUUUCCCAACGACCACGCCGUUUUAGCGGCAGAGGCCUUGUUGUUGCUACGCAAGAAGGUAAUAGAUAAGGCCCGAUCGAAGGCGGAGGCGCUAAGCUUGCAAAAUGUAACGGACGGAUCGGCUGUUAAUGCUCUUGUUCACGUCCUUCAGCAGUGCUGCAGUUGGGAAGCCCUCGUGCGAACUUAUGAGCGUCUUAAGGGUAUUCAAGACGAGAAGGUUGUGCUGGAGAACCUGUUCCAAACGUAUGUGCGAAUGGGUGCGUAUAACAUGGCACAAAAGACAGCCCUUCAACUCAAUAGCGGGUGGCCUAAUCCUCGCUAUCAUGUGUGGGUGGUGCAGUCGAUGCUUGCGCAGGUGCCACGGGAUUCUGUGGAUCAUGCUUUACUUAAAGUGUCGGCAAAUCUUCUCGAAGCUGCAGUACUUACAGAGAAGGGUACGAUGACAACAUCUACCUCACGCACGUACGUCCAGGUGCUACAACAGCAGAAGUUGUAUGCAGAUGCUGUCAAAUUUCUUUGUAGCACGAGAGGGGCAUCGGUGGGUUUACCACCAGCCCGUCUGGAAAUGCUGGCAAAAGUGCUGCAGCUUAACGGGGAAUUGGCGAAGGCUAACGCCAUAGCAAAACAAUUGUGGACCCACCAACCGGAAAAUUGGACGUUUGUGGAGCUGUAUCUUAACUCAUUGUCCGAGUCGAAUGCCACUGAAGGUGUUCUGGAACUCGAUGGUCCUGAGGAGUCGAAAUGUGUUUCGAUUAAUUUAUCUAACAGCGACCGUACCCUCGAGGAUGCCCUCCGUUUCGCUCGGUCGCUGUCGGCUGAGUCACUGAAGGGUUCAUCGGGAAGUCGCUUGGGCCGUGGCCCGUCCAUGGCGGUGCUUGAGAUUCUUUCUCGCCUGGGCGAUGACGUUCAGCUUCGAAAUGAGACGGUGGCCUACGCCAAGCGUUUUUACAAGGCGAGCUGCUGCUUUUUAGACAUUUCAACCUACGUGGAUGCAACGGCGGCGUCAGCGAUAUAUGCAUGGUCGCAGGAGGACGGGGGCCCUGAGGGAAAGGAGCGGCUGCAUUACCAUAUGCGGAGGAUUUUGGGCCUGCGGUGUCACGUUGCCCUCUGGGGGAUCACCGCUGAGACGCAGCCAAGUCAUGCCGAGGUUGAAGAACUACUGCAGGCGUGUAUACGUUCGUAUGAAGAAGCACGUCCUCUUUCCGAAAACCUGUCUUGGAGUGAGGAAGGGCUCUGUGAUGGUUACAUCACUGUCGCCCUCAAUAUAUCCCUUCAUGUUUACGAAGCUACUAAGAACGUUGAGUGGGUACAGAAGGGGUUAGCGCUGCUGGAUAGUGUAGAUCGCCGAGAAAACAACCCCACUUGGCUCACUUUCAGCGUGUGUUUCGCCCGCAUCCUGGGACUCGCUGAUGUAGCGGCGUGUUGCCAACUGGACUUCAAGAGUAUUCAACGUGAUACAAUGUCGCAUGUGGGUUACUGGCCCCUUGUUGCUGGUGGUGCGCUGGAUGGGGUGUGCGAAUGGAACACUGCUGCCUGGGAACAUUAUGGCAUGCUUCAAAGGGAUUGUAGCCUCCUUCGCAUUAAGGUGUUUACGUACAUGUCAUGGCCAGCUAUGAAAGACAUCCAGGAAUACGAGCGGCGGCAAACAAACUCGUUAGCGAGGGUUAUAUACAGUUUGAGCCGUAUUGCUGGGGAACUGCGCCAGUGCCAAACGCAGCGUAACGUGUUUGAUCUGAUGCAAGCGGAAGAGAGGGUGUUGUCCCAAGUCUUUGAAGCCCUUCAGGACCCGCAAGCGAAGGACCUUGUGGAUAACACUGACUGGGUGGUCGUACGGUCCAUGGUGCUGGGUAACAUCCACAGCCAAAAGGUGGAAGCACUCGCCAACACACUGGUAGGGAUGCCUACGGUAAAUGAACGUGUCGAACACGCACGCCAGCUUGUAGGGAGCCUUAUGUUAUUGCACGAUGUCUCGAUGUUGGAGGCUCAUCGCGUGCAAGUCUCAAAUCUUCCGAAGCGAAGGAAGGGCAAAGGUGGAAAAUCUGAUGCUGCACCCCAGGACGUACCCUUACCGAUGCUUCUGUGUCAGCAACACACGGAGACACUGCAGACUCUUCCUGUAAUGAGCUCUAUCGCACCUCUUACCUUAGAGUUUGUGAAAACGUACGGUAGUGGAGCACGCAUUGCGCACACAGAUUCGUUCGCUCAUGCCUUGAGGGCAGUACUUGAAGUGGAAAAUAUCAAAAGCUUCUUAUUCCCUGAAGCAUCUAUUCUUACAGCGCUUCUGCAGGUCGCACCAACAUCUACGUUACCGGUGGCGGCAUGGGCGAAGGACCUUCAAGCAGCUACUGAAAGCGCGCGUGAUCGAUUGCGACAAUCUCCUCCAAUGAAAGCGCUUGGCAAACGCGAACAGAAAAUCCGUGAGGCGAGUCUUUCGCGCAUAAACAGCGCUCUAACUGAUAUUCUCCGCGAGGCCGCCGCUGCCUCCCGUAGGCGCUAG